CCGGGCACCCAGAGGUCUUGGAACCACGGCGUUAGGGUCGAGGCAGCUGCGAGUGAGGGACAAUGGCGCCCAGCGUGCCCGUAGCGCCGGAGCCGAAGGAGACCCCCCCCAGGGGCAUCCGCGCCGUGUUGCUGGGGCCGCCCGGGGCCGGCAAGGGCACGCAGGCUCCCAAGCUGGCUGAAAGUUACUGUGUUUGCCAUUUGGCUACAGGGGACAUGCUGAGGGCCAUGGUAGCUUCUGGCUCAGAGCUGGGCCAGAGACUCAAGAAGACAAUGGAUGCUGGAAAACUGGUAAGCGAUGAUAUGGUUGUGGAACUUAUUGAGAAGAACUUAGACAGUCCUCCAUGCAAGAAUGGUUUUCUCUUAGAUGGCUUCCCUCGGACAGUGAAACAGGCAGAAAUGCUUGAUGAACUCAUGGACAAGAGGAAUGAAAAGCUAGAUUCAGUCAUCGAAUUCAGCAUUGCCGACUCUCUACUCAUCCGGAGAAUCACAGGAAGGCUGAUCCAUCCUGCAAGUGGCCGAUCUUACCAUGAGGAGUUCAACCCCCCUAAGCAACACAUGAAGGAUGACGUAACUGGAGAACCCUUGAUCCGCCGUUCAGAUGAUAAUGAAACUGCUUUGAAAACCCGCCUGAAGGCCUAUCACUCUCAGACCACCCCCCUGGUGAAGUACUACAGUAAGCGAGGGAUCCAUUCCGCCGUGGAUGCUUCUCAGUCCCCAGAUGUGGUGUUUGCCUACAUCCUGGCUGCCUUCUCCAAAGCAACAUGUGGGGCUUCUGAGAAGCAGAAUAUGUAAGGGACUUGCCCAAGAUCACAUGCGUACCAAAUGACUGCAGGCCAGGCAAGACCACACCAUUGCUGACCAACUUCAGUGCAAGAGUCCAACCUUUUAAACGUUGGGCGGAGGGGAGGGGUUGGUGAGGAACAAGAAGGGGUAUAAGUAUUGGAGGGAGAUUGUUUCAGUGGGUCGUUGGUUUUCACCAUUCAAGUGGGAGUGUUAUAAACAGUAGUUAGUUAGGAGGGUAUAUUAGGGGAAGAGGGAUAUACAUUUUGGGGGAAGUGUGGGGAAGUAAAGGAAGAAGGCCUAGUAUUCAUUCUAUAGGAUCUCUUGGGGACAGUUAUCUUUCAUCCAGGAAUGUGAUUGUAAUUGAAAAGCCAUUGACCUAAGACCUCAUUUGUCAUUUAUGGACCUCUAAGUGUGCCAGAUGGGGAGAGCAGUUACUCCCCUGUUGCCUCCUCUCUGUUCUGUACCUCAUAACAGGGUAGGUUUUGGUUGCUGACCAUAACACCCCAUAUAAUGUGACCAAAUAAUAGUCCCCGUGUUCGAAAGGGUGAUGAGGAAUGUAUGUGACAGUGGUGGCUGGAUAAAUUAAGUUUAAUGGAAUUUAUAAAGGUGAAGCCAGGGAAGGUUGAUUCCUCCCAGUUUACUUACCUCUGAUAUGACCAACUCCAUUAAUCUCAAGGGAAAAGCCAUCAUCAGUUGCUAUUUGCAAGUGUAUGUCCUCUGUUCUUGCCUUCUUUCUAAACAUUGUAUAAAGAAUUUUUUUUCUUUCUUUAAAAAAAAAACAAUUUGAAGAUUGUCUCAUUCCAAAGAAACUCCUUUCCCUUCCCAGCUCUUGUGGCUGAAACACAGCAGCCCUGCAGUGGUGUGUUUCAUUUUUAAAACAAGGUGCCUUUCGCCUAUAACUGACCAAAUGCUGCUCUUUUUUGGCCCUGGAAUCAAUAAAAUGUAUUAAUCAUUUGUA